CCUGCAGGCGGAAUUCUCCACGAGUUUUGAGCAGCCUCGGUUUUCCCACCACCUCCAAAUCAUGCAAGACACAGGGUAAGAGCAGACAAGGUGGCUGUGGCCGAUGUCUACCCUCUCGAGGCGUCCUUUCUCUUCCCUCCUCCUUGAGGCAGGGAGACCAUGGGGAUGCAACCUGGCUGGGGCGGGGAGGAAGUGCAGGGCCUGACCACGGGCAGGGGACAGCGACAGCCUGGGCCGGGGCAGGUGAGCGCGGCGCAGGCUCGGGCCCGGCAUGUCCGCGGUGCUCGCGAGAGGCCAGCAGAGGGCGCCAGAGAGCCAGGAGCGGCCCGCGGAGGAGCCCGCGCCGGCCCCGAUGCCCCGCUCCGCGCCGCGCGGACGCACCGAGCCCGCGCUCAGACGCCCCAGCUCCGCCGAGAGGCCGCUCGUGCCGGGUGCUUCCUCUUCCCCAAGUGCAGGUAGAGCCCCCGGAGCCAUGGCCAGCCCUUCCGGCAGCUCCGAAGCCACGGGCAAGCCCCGAGGCAGGGAUGGCCGGCCCAGGAGGGAGGAGGACGAUGUCCCUCCCGAGGAGAAGAGGCUGCGGCUGGGGCUGGAGGGGGGAAGCGCACAGCCCGAGGACGGGGAGGACGCCCCGCGGCCAGGCAGGGAGGAGACCGGCACCCAGACAGGUGGCGACGGCAGAGGACCUCUGCCUCAGUCUCCUCUUCUGGAAAGUGGGAUUGGAAACCACAUCUGCUUCUCUCCCAGGACUUCUAGGAAGACAAGAUUAGAUGGCAGCAAGGUGCACAGGCCGACUGAGCUGGGAGAGUCCGCGGUGUUAGCCUCCCCCACGCUUCCUUCCCUCCCCAUUCCUGGUGUGCUGUACUUUGUCUUGAUUUCCUGCACUCUGCACCAAGCCAGGAGAUGGUCUGUUUUUCCCCUGAAUUGUAAACUCCUUGAUGUCUGGGUCAUCUCAGCUCGUGAGCUGAGCUUUUAGUGGGUGCUCAGUGGAACAGGUGCUGAAUGGAGUCAGGCUCUAGGGAGGCCCGCGUGUGUUGGAAGGAAAAUACAUGUACAGUCAACUUCCUUGAGGGUUCUUUCUUUUGCAUCAGGAUAUCUCAAACUCCUGCCCUUACAACACCUGUAAGAGAAUCAUCUGGGAUGCUUGCUCACUCUGCAUACAGACCCUUUAGAGUCAGAAUCAGAAUCAGAAUUCCUGGGGCUGGAACCACAAAAUGAAAUGACAGUUCAACAAGUUUGUCAUCACUUAAGAGAGAAUAG